UCCUUCCGGUUUUCACUCUGUAAUGAUCACAUGGGUUAUUUCUUAGAAUGUGGAUAGGCUGAGAUGUGUUUUUAUUAUUUUGAGGGAGCAAGAUGAAGAGAGAGGGGAGAGAGGUUUGGCAAGGCUGCUGGUCAGGCAGGAAGCUGAGUGUGGUUAGCUGAGCGGAACAGUAGAGGGGAAGCUGUUUUGCCAUUUUUGUACAGUAUUUGUUCUGCGUUGUCACUCAGACUCAACUGGAACUGGCUACUGAAGGACAAAGAGAGAGUUAGGGAGGUCAGUUGAGCUUUUAGACAGACAUUAAGGUAAAGCUAGAGUUUUUAUAGACAACAUCGAUGACAGAAGCAAACAUCGACCACUGCUAGACCCAGUCUGUCAGAAGAGAGGCAGCGUAGUUCAGGCCAACGACAGGUCAUGCUGCCAGUGUGAGAUUUCUGGAGAUUGUAUGGGCCCCGCGAUGGCUUGUGUGGAGCCAGGGAUUGGAAAAAGGACAGGUGAAGGGAGGCUGUCCUGGCCAGUUUUCCUGCUGACGCUGGCUGCUGUCACCUCCUCUUCUCUUUCAGCUUUGUCCUUGUACCAACUGGUGGCCCUCAGAGCUGAGGUAGAGGGUCUCAAAUCAGAGGUUUGUCGCAAGAGAGAAGAGGGGCGAGAGGCCAAGCAUGCAGGCCAGACUGAGAAUAUCAAUUGGAGAAGCAGCCAAGAGUCCCUGCACCAACCUGGGCCUCAAAAAACUUUCACCCUGAUACGUAGGAGAAGAUUGGUCUCCGGAUCAGAGAAAAUAGUUUCUCAGCCUUGCCUGCAGUUGCUGGCAAACAAUAGCAGGAAAACCUUCCGGAAAGAAUAUAAUGCAGAGCCACACACAGGUAUCCCCUGGCAGGCAGGGCUGAGCAGAGGCUCUGCCCUGGAGAAAGACGGAGACAGCAUGUUAGUCAGAGAGGAGGGCUUCUUCUUUGUGUACAGUCAGGUCUACUACAUGGACAGCACCUUUGCAAUGGGUCACGUGGUGAUCCGGAGGAAGAGGAAUGUGGUGGGAGACGAGCCUCAGUAUGUGGUCUUGUUCCGCUGCAUCCAGAAUAUGAACCCCGUUCACCCUUACAACACCUGCUACACAGGAGGUAUUGUGAAGCUGGAGGUUGGGGACCACUUGGAGCUGCUGAUCCCUCGUUCCACAGCCAACGUGUCCCUUUAUGGAGAUGCCACCUUUAUGGGUGCUGUAAAACUGGCUUAGAAAUGUGUCACCUAAUUUCGGACCCGAGGGACACUCUUGUGGUGCCAUAAUGGGAGCAAGAAGGGCAUAGUUUUGGUGUCCUCGCUUGACCUAUGAGCUGAGAAGAAUACAGGAAGCAGAUAUUUCAGUACAGGCUGAAUGAUAGACGGUGACUCCUAGCUUGUUCAACCUGAUGGGACAUGAAGGGGACCAUGAGUUGAUGUCUUUACUUGUAAAAAAAAAAAAUACAUCCACCUAGCUGCAGCUGUAUUAUUUUCAGUUCUACAACACAUCAUGACAAAAAUUGUAAUAACUGUCAAAAUAAAGUCCUUUUAUUCCCUCAAAUAAUCACCAACACAUGGCAAGAUGUAACAUGUGAGAUUUGACUUUAAAGAGAUGUUACUUGUG